AUGUCCGUCUCCAAUACAUUUCUAGACAUUGAGAAUAAUGUUGCAUCUCAAAGACCCCUAGGGGACGAAUCUCGAUGGAGCGCUUUGUUAAAAAGUGGGAUAGAACGAGUUGUCGUUAUCUUUGGCCACUCACUAUUACAAGCAGUGGUUAAAGAAAGGAAGGAAAAAGCGGGUUAUUCUUUAAGUAUGUUCAACCAACGAGGACAGUGCCUGUUCCUCUGCCUCAGAAGCCAGGGCGAUCAUUACGCGCUUCAAGUACCCUGUAUGCGGCCGGCUCCCCGCAAAUCUAUAGGCCAUUCACUCAAGGAAAUUGAUGGGAUGCUUGAGAUGGCUCCCGGUGGGGAGAUUUAUGCACCGCUUACUGCCAAAGAAGUAGCACUUGAAAGCGAUACUGUCAUAUGGCAUAGAAUAAGAGAGACUUAUUUCAGCAACAAGGGCAAGUGGAAAAGGUGGCUUCCUUUUUAUGGACCUACAACAGUGAGAGAAGUGGAGUUUCAAUUUGUUGGGGUAGUAGAUCCCGGCGACCGAUAUAAGGUCUUUGGCGUUACUCCUGUCGACAUAGAGAAAGUCCGAGAGAGAGCAGACAGCAGAAUCGCAUUGGAACCGAAUGAUGUUGACAUUGAAUAUGGUUAUUCGGGUUGCGGUCAAUGCUUUACCAAAAACUGUCCAGCGUUUAUAGAUCGCUCCCGACCAUGUAAUUUGGACCUGAUAAACGAGGCGAAGCAGCAGAAGAAAAAGCUGUGCCUGCUCGGGCAGCUGAAAGACUGUGCCAAUAGCCCAUCGGUGGCUAAUGGGCUGAAUACUUUAGGAGGCAUGGCACAGAACAGUUGCAUUUAUGAUCUUGAGGGUGAGAACAAAGUCGUUAUACCAAAGCUCAACCAACCUUACGAUCAGACUGAUACUGUGAGGGGUAUAGAAAUGGUCAUGGGAUGGCAAAUUGAUCGCAUGAAAUUGAAAGUACCAAAAUUCAUCGCUUGGGCUUGGUUUAGCCUAGCUUUAAUCUGGCUCUUAGCUGCAUUUUUCGGUCUUGUUAUUAUGUACGCAAAAGAUUGA